AUGAAACAGAUAAUAGAACUUAAUCGACUACAAGAUCAAGUAAAUCAAUUGAUUCGCGAACAAAACAUGACUUUAGAACAAAUCAAUACAAUCGAUGCUAAUAUUCGAUUUACUAAACAGCAAACGAAUGAAUUAUGUCUCAACGAAUUUACUCUACCACCAUUGACCAUUGAUGGUUAUUGCAUCACUAUCAAAAAACGAACAUCAAGAGUAAACAUUAUGUUACCUUUACCAGCUUCACAUCGACUAUUCCAAGGAGAAAAUACUUACUACUCUAUCGCAGCGAACGACAAUUAUAUUUUAGUAGGAGAACAGAGUAAACUACGUCUAUUUGAUCAACAACUGAAUAUUCAAAACGAUAUUAUAUGGAAUCAUGGCCGUCUGAAUGAUAUAUGUUGGUCUUCCACACUCGCUCGAUUUUUUUUGAUUACUCCAGAAGAGAUAUUUACUUUUGAUGACAAAACACUGGUUAUCCAACAAUGUCAAAUUACUCGUAGUAGUACUAAUACUGACUUUUGGUAUUGUGGAACAUGCUUUGAAGACACAUUAUUCUUAUCGACAUGGAAUUUUGCUUCAUCAGUUUUUAAAUAUAGUCUUAAACCUUCGAUUCAAUGCAUAAAUCAAUAUCAACCACCUGUGUCUUGUAAAGAAAACGAAUCCAUCAAAAGUUUGGCAUCGAAUCAUCAAGCAUUGGCUCUAAUGAUUGUCAAUACUCAGAGUCAAAUACAUUUCGAUCUAUGUUCAUUCACAACACUUGAACGAUUUCGAAUAAUUCAACUUGGUUCAAUAUCAAAUUGUCUCAGAAUUCGAUGCUGCUCCCUAAAUAGUAAUCAAUGGGUAGUGAUUAAUCCGAACAACUCAGCAAUAUUACAAAUUUCUGAAAACGAAAUACGCAUUGCAGAAGAAAUCAGAAGUUCGAAACCUUGGGAUGCCAUUCUAUUGAAUAAUGAUGCACUUGUCAUACUGUUGGAAAAAGAUAUCCAUCUUCAUUCACUGUUGUGA